AUAGUGACGAGGGGCGGGCAUUUUAAAGUGAGCCAGGGAAAAUGGCGACCGUCGUGAUGAAGUUGAACGGGACUCUUUACACAACAGUAAAGAGUUUAGCGCACAGUCCGGCAAACAAAAGCAGAGUAUCUGCGUUAUUAGUUUUAAUACUCGCUUUUUUGAGUAGUAGUUCUGGAGAAAACACAUAUGAUGAUAACACUUAUGAAUUUCUCAAGCGAGAGUAUUCGCUGAGUAAGCCAUACCAAGGACUGGGCUCCUCCAGCUCCUCACACUGGGAGCUCAUGGGCAACACCAUGAUCAUGCCUGAACACAUACGGCUGACACCAGACCUGCAGAGCAGACAAGGAGCUGUAUGGAGUCGUAAUCCCUGUUACAUCAGGGACUGGGAGCUGCAAGUACAAUUUAAGAUCCAUGGUGAGGGCAAGAAGAACCUGAAUGGAGACGGCCUUGCAAUAUGGCUCACCAAAGAGCGAAUGCAAAAUGGUCAAGUGUUUGGAAACACAAACUUUUUUACAGGUCUGGGUGUUUUUGUAGACACUUAUCCCAAUGAUGACAAGCAGCAUGAGAGAACGUUUCCUUUCAUCUCUGCAAUGGUGGGAAAUGGAAGUGUUGCAUAUGAUCACGAUCAUGACGGACGGUUUACUGAUCUCGGUGGCUGCACUGCUCACGUUCGCAAUGUUGAAUAUGACACAUUCCUCUUGAUCAGAUAUAUGCAGAACAGACUCACAGUGAUGAUGGAUAUCGAGGGGAAGCAAGAGUGGAAGGACUGUCUGGAUAUACCUGGAGUGAGGCUGCCACAAGGUUACUAUUUCGGCGUCUCGUCAGCUACUGGAGAUUUAUCAGAUAACCAUGACCUGAUCUCCUUCAAGCUGUAUGAGCUCACAGUGGAACGCAGUCCUGAAGAGGACCAGCAGGAGAUCACGUUGCCUAGUGUAGACUACCGAGUGGACUCUAAUGUUCAUGUGGAGGAUGAAGGAAGGAGCAUCAUCACCACCUUAUUUCUCUUCAUUGUUUCCGUCAUUGUGCUGGUUGUAGUGGUUGUGGUUAUUAUCUUUCUAUAUAGUCACUAUAAAGAGAACCGCCGCAAACGCUUCUACUGAGCAAACUAAAAAACAAGUGACAGGAAGGAAAUGGGACGAGAGAUCCAACAUGAGUGUGACUGGCAUUUUUGCAUGGGGCUGCUUCUGGACCUCACCAACAGAAAGGACCUGAAGGCCAACACUGAACUAAAAGCCAUACCUGACCUCAAUCGUGAUUAUGAUCUCAAAAAACUGUUUAAGAAUAUUUGAAAGAGUGUGCAUGUGUUUUUGAAGGUCUCUAGAGACUGUUGUGUGAGCGUGUGCUGUAUUUUUGUACUAGUUACAUUGACCUUCGCCUUUCGCCCAGAAGUGGCACAGAGAACUGUGUAACAACAUUUACAGAGGCACAAUAGUUUCUCAAACUAUAAAUAGUAUUCUCAGGUUGUCUACUGUAAUGCCACUGCAGAAAUCCCCCAAACCUUUGUGUUCUGCAUUCAGUUAGACAGAAAUGAAUCAAAAUAAAAUAUAUCACCUAGACUUUGACCUCCAUCUGUCACCAUCAUCUCAUCAGCUGUCAGCAGUCAUCUUUUAAUUUAUGUAAAAUUGAUUCGAUUCGAUUUUCAUCCUUAUGGAACUAAUGCUGGCCGGCUGUACUGUUAUAAACAGACAGUAACAACCAUCAAUGUGAAGAAUAUUUUUUCCAAAAUGUCUUUAGUUAUAUGUGAUAUUGUUUUAUGCAUCAAAAGCUGCACUGAACUGCUUGACCAUAUGUAGCUUAUUUUGAGUUAAUUUGGUUUGUUAGGAUUUGACUACUUCAGCUACUUAAACCUUUAUAUUUCAUGUCUCCGUGGCCUUAUUUGAAUACUAUGUUUAAUAAUGUUGAAGCGCUGAUAAAUAUGGUAAUGAUGAUGACGUGUCUAUUCCCAUAUCUUAAUAAACAGGCAGAGAUGUAAAGCUGGUGCAGCAGUUUGACAGUUCCCGAGUUUUUCAAUAAUUGCACUAUGGCAAAGAUAUGCAAGAGGUUUUGCUUUUGUCCAAGUUCCAGUCUUUCCUAUCACUUCUAGUCACGGCUCUCCACAGUUGUGCAACAUUUGUCUAUUGUUUUAUACUGGGAGAGAUUGUUAUUGCUGUUGUCAUCAGAUCAGUGGUUGAGCAAGCUGCUGUGUCAAACUGUUUUCAUGGUUGUCAUGAAAAUUCUGAAUUAAACAUUCAAAGUUUGUCUUAUAA